ACGCAACUGUCCCAGAGCAACAUGGCGGCGCAGCGCAGGACUUUGGUGCAGAGCCUGCAUCAAAGCUGGACAGAUGACCUGCCCUUGUGUCAGAUGUGUGGAGUAGGUACAGCACCCAACUGUGUGUAUGGCCCUGAUGGUAAAGGAAGUCAGAGCCACCCCAUUGAGGAUGGACACCUCAGAUUGAAAGGCGAGGAUGGCUGCUUCUUGUAUGGGGUAUUCAACGGUUACGAUGGCAGCAAAGUGGCGAGCUUUGCUGCCCAGCGCCUCACCGCUGAGCUCCUCCUUGGACAGAUAAACUCCAGUCACACGGACAACGACGUUCGCAGAACCCUCACGCAGGCCUUCGAUGUGGUGGAGAAGAGCUACUUUGAAAUGAUCGAUGAUGCUCUAGCUGAGAAAGCUCACUUGUCCAACUACCUCAUGCCACACAGCGAGCUCUCUCCUCAGACUCAGAAGGUGCAGGAGCGCCUGAAGGAGCUGGAGCAGGAGGUGUCAGGAGGUGCCACAGCUGUGGUGGUGCUGAUUCUCAACAACAAGCUCUACGUCGCUAACGUUGGUACCAACCGAGUGCUGCUUUGCAAAUCUAGCAGCGAUGGCCAGAACCAAGUUCUUCAGAUUGGUCGACCACAUAGUACUGACAACGAUGACGAACUGCAGAGAUUGGCUGCACUGGGUGUGGAUUCAGCUCGAGUAAGACAAGCGGGGCAGAUAGCUGGACAGAGCAGCACCAGGAGACUUGGAGACUACCCAGUCAAAUUUAACUACAAUGAAAUUGAGCUGCUCAGCGCGGCCAAGACGAAGCCGAUCAUCGCAGAGCCGGAGAUCCACGGCAGCCACUCCGUGGACGGCGUGACAGGCUUCUUGUUGCUGAUGUCUGAGGGUCUAAUAAAUGCCCUCGAGUCCGCCCACGGCCCCGAACAGGUCAAUCAGGAAAUCGUUGCCAUGGUAGCAGCAGAAAUGGCCCAGCACACCAGUCUGGAGGCGGUUUCUCAGUCCGUGGUGGAUCGGGUCAAGAGGCUUCACCACGACGUCUACGUGUCCGGUCGUCAGAGGGCGACCUACUGUUCUCGGCACGAAGACAUGACCCUUCUCAUCCGCACAUUAAAUUACCCGCUGGCUGAUUCAGCGCUGACACCAACACAGGGUGGUCGAAUCUACCCCGUGUCAGUGCCGUACUCCAACAGUCAGAGCACCAGUAAAACUAGUGUCACGCUGUCACUGGUGAUGCCGUCCCAGGGCACUCUCACAAACGGCACUAACACGGCCUCCACCCUGGAGGAAGGCACCCCCACACCUGGCAGCCAGAGCCCCACAGCCACGCUCCAGUCCACCAACACCCAGACACAGAGCUCCAGUUCCAGCUCAGGGGAUGGAAGCCUGUUUCGCCAGAGAGGGAGUCAAGCAGCACAGCCUGAUGAGACGGGCCGAGUGCCGCCUUACGUGGACUUCAGCCAGUUUUACCGAUUGUGGGGAAGCGACCACAGCGACAGCCAGAGCACCCAGGGAGGCCUCGGGCCCCAGUGAAGAGGAUUUUGGUGUAUCAGUCGGAAGGAGGCGAACAGGAUUUUCUGCCUACAUGGAGGCACUUGGAUUAAUGAGGCAGAUAUGAACAAGUUGGAGUGCUGGAUAAUGCUAUUAAUGUUUCACAAAAGAAAAUAAAUGCCCCCACUUUGAACUUUUACAGUUGGGUGCAGCCAGAGAAACUGUGAUGAAAAUAGUAUCACCACACACCCUAACAGUGGCUUCAUAUGUAAUUCACAUUUUAGAAACUUUGGUUGAAUGUAAAAAAGACUGGAAUGGUUUUGAAUUUGAGAAUGACAACACACUGCAAGGCCUUAAAAUUAAAUGAAUGAAUGAGUU